CCCAAACCUCGGCAGCAGCUAAGCUGCACAGUCGACAUGGCAAGGAAAUAUCGCAACAGUUUUCUGAAAAAGGAUGAAAAUCUUCCAAGUCUUUUGGAAUGAUAUUCAUCACGCGAUGUGAUCUAAAAUCCACAAUGUGUGAGGACAUUUAAGAACGAUUGAGUUCGGAAGAAAAAAUUCUUGAUUCCAGUGGAAUCUUCCAUAUAUAUAUAUUAUUAUUAUAUUUUUUUCUUUGUGUAAAAGCUUACAUAUAUUUACACUCACUCGUCCCAUCAACAUAUAACCAUGCCAGUGCAAGCACCACAAUGGACAGAGUUCCUGCUGUGCCCAAUCUGCACACAGACAUUUGAGGAGACUGUUCGUCGGCCCAUCAGCUUGGGCUGUGGACAUACUGUCUGCAAGAUGUGCCUGAACAAGUUGCACCGUAAGGCCUGUCCCUUUGACCAGACAGCCAUCAGCACAGACAUUGAGCAGCUACCUGUCAACACAGCCCUGUUGCAGCUGGUGGGAGGCCAGGUUCCUAAGGCUCAGCCAGUUGCCUUGAUUACCAGUCCAGAGGACUCGCAGCAUUAUGAGGAGGCCAGACAGUGUGUGGAGGAGCUGGCCCUCUACCUCAAACCCCUCAGCAACACCCGAGGUGUGGGUCUGAGCAGCACGGCCCAGAGCAUGCUGAGUCGACCCAUGCAGAGGAAACUGGUAACUCUGGUCCACUGUCAGCUGGUGGAGGAAGAGGGCCGUGUUAGAGCCAUGAGAGCGGCUCGCUCUCUGGGCGAACGGACUGUCACCGAACUCAUCUUGCAGCACCAGAAUCCACAGCAGCUCUCCUCCAAUCUGUGGGCUGCUGUCCGUGCACGAGGAUGUCAGUUUCUCGGCCCAGCAAUGCAGGAGGAAGCUCUAAAGUUGGUUCUUCUUGCUCUAGAGGAUGGUUCUGCUCUGUCCAGGAAGGUGUUAGUUCUUUUUGUAGUCCAGAGGCUUGAGCCACGCUUCCCACAGGCCUCUAAAACUAGCAUAGGUCACGUGGUACAGCUACUUUACAGGGCCUCCUGCUUCAAGGUGACCAAACGUGAUGAAGAUUCAUCCCUGAUGCAGCUGAAAGAGGAGUUUCGUACAUACGAGGCGCUGCGGCGUGAGCACGACUCUCAGAUUGUUCAGAUUGCCAUGGAGGGAGGGCUGCGCAUUGCACCUGACCAGUGGUCUUCUCUGUUAUAUGGAGAUCAGUCUCACAAGUCACACAUGCAGUCUAUCAUAGAUAAGCUGCAGACCCCGGCAUCUUUUGCCCAGAGUGUCCAGGAGCUGACAAUUGCGCUGCAGAGGACCGGCGACCCCGCCAACCUCAACAGGCUGCGGCCCCACCUGGAACUACUGGCCAACAUUGAUCCCAGCCCUGAUGCCCCUCCUCCUACAUGGGAGCAGCUUGAGAAGGGGUUAGUAGCAGUGAAGACAGUGGUGCAUGGCCUGGUGGACUUCAUCCAGAACCACAGCAAGAAAGGAGCUGAUCCUCAACAGCCUCCUCAGCACAGCAAGUAUAAGACAUACAUGUGUCGUGACAUGAAGCAGAAAGGGGGUUGUCCUCGUGGAGCCAGCUGCACCUUCGCUCACUCUCAGGAAGAACUGGAGAAGUAUCGAAAGAUGAAUAAGCGUCUGGCAGCUCGCCUCCCUGGCACAGGAGGGCUCAUGUCGGAUGAGGGCCUUUCUCUUGAUGUAGCAGUGCCCCGGAAGCCUUCUCCCCUCCCCAAUGGCAGUGUUGCACCCACUUUGCCCCAGCUCAUUGCCCGUGGCACCGACACAGUCCAAUAUGAACAGUUCCGUAAACCCGUCAAGAUGGAUGUAGGGAGUCACAGUGCUCCAGGAUCACCACCUGAUGUCCUGGACCCUGUGUCCAAACCUGGCAUGCCUAUGGCACCUCAUACCAUGGCCCACCCAAGGAUGCCAGCGGACCACCUCUCUGGGGUGAAGCACGUGCCUGUGGUACCUAGAAGUUCUCCAGUGUACCCUCAGCCGCAGCUCUCUGAAAUGUGCUAUGACACUCGCCCACCACCCUCUGCUUCUCAGUAUGAUCCCACGCAAUACCCCACAGGGUACCCCUACCAGCAGCCACCACAGUAUGUUCCUCGGGAUUACAUCCGUAACCCUCCUCCCCCCAGUGAGUCAGGGCCCCCUUACCAAGAUCCCUACACUGGCUAUGGCCCUCCUGAACGCCCCUACCAGGCCCCUCACUCUGGCCCAACCUUCUCUUACCCUCACCCUUCACACUAUGACCGAGGUCGCCAUGGGAACUACACUGGUCCACCACCUCCCCCACAACCUUACCCAUCUCAGAGGGAUAACCUGGUCAGAAUGAGUCCCGCGCCUCUGGAUGUUGCCCCGCCAUCAGCUGGACAGGCUAACUCACUUUACCACCAGGAGCCCAGUGCCCGGGAUAGAUACCCACCAGAUGGCUACUAUCCCCCAAGUGCCCAGGCUCCACCCAUGAGGGCAUAUGUCAGGGGACCGUCAUAUACUGGUUCAUCGCCCAGCUUGGACUAUCUGCACCGGCGUCGUCAGGAGCUGUUAUCCCAGCUGGAGGAAAGGAAGGUCAUCUCCCCUCCACCAUUUGCUGCCUCUCCCACUCUUCCUCAUCCCUUCCCCAACGACUAUCCCCCUGAGUAUGGUGAAGAGAACUCCAAAACCAUUAUGAAAUGCAGAGAGCCUGAUUAUGCAGGGCAAUACUCUCCCUGGUCUUGUGAUACCAUUGGCUCCUACAUUGGCACAAAGGAUGCCAAACCCAAAGAUGUUAUGGUUCCUGGUACCAUGGAGAUGAUGAACGUGGAGGCUAAAGGUCUAAGGGAAUCAUCGCUGGAGGCUCCUCGGAGGGGUGCGGAAGUCAAGGACGAUGACCCCAUUAUCCCGUUUGGCCCCCAGCCCACUGUAUCACGUUUUGGUGCCAUCUCCCGCACCUCAAAAACAGGCUACCAGACCACCGGCCCAGUGCAGGCUAUGGCCUCCACUCCCCAGAACCCAAAUUCUAAACAUAUGGCCAUGCCAGCAGAAUACACAUAUGGAAGCCAUGGAGGAUGGGGUGGAGCUUCGUACCCCUCCCACACGACUGCCUCCUCUCAGGGACACUUUAGUGAGCGCCUACCUAUGGCAGCCCAAGACAGAGAACAGUUAAAAAUUGAGCUGCAGCAGGUCAACCAGCAGAUCACCCAACAGACCCAGAUGCACAGUAUGGAGGCUGCCAGUAACUCUUUACUGCUGCAGAGGGAGGCCAGCGCAUUGGCAGGUCAACCUGUGCCGCCAAGCCAGGGCCAGGCUGCAGGAGCAGCAGUCCAGCAACAACAACAGCCCAAGUGGCCAGCAGGGGGAGCCGGUGCAACAGCUGUCUCCAGUGAACAGCUGAGCCUGGAGCUCCACCAGGUGGAGAGAGAGAUCGGCAAGAGGACCCGCGAGAUGGCUAUGGAGAACCAAGUCGCUCAUGAUGCUCAGCAGUACAAGAUGAAGCCUGCAGAGAAUGGACAACCAGAGCAUAAGACUCAGCUGGAAGAAAUCUCCCUGGCUCUUGGCGAGGUGUCAAACGGCUCCAGCAGUCUGCAAGAAAGUGCAGUGGGCGGGUCCAUGCUGUCACUGACCAAUAAGACGUCUGCAUUGAGCCUGUGUUCUGAUCCAGGUGCCACUGGUUCAGAGAUGCAGAAGAAUGGCGUCGUCCAUUCCUGCUCUUAGGCAGUACACACUGACACACACACACACACACACCACACAUACACGCACACACUCAAGAUGCUCGAUUGAAAAGCAUGCACAGGCACACAUACACCCAUUCUAUUUAGAAGAUGAGCAGUAUCUGCCGUGAUAUGAAUUUUCUUUCUUUUUGUUCUGUGAAUGAGCUUUUUUUAAUGACUUUCCUUGCCUGGAAACCAGGGCAUAUGAUAACAUUUCUUGUGUGCGUUUCUUUUUUCUUUUAUUUUUUUCUUUCUUCUUUUUUUUGUACUGGGAUAAUAGAUUAACAAGGCUCGCUACUGAUAUACCAGGAGGAGGAAGCGGUGGUGAUGUUGGCAGUAUUAUUGUAACUUCAUUCAGAAAGUAUAGGCCUAUUCCAUCCUUAACAAACACAAAAACAUGAGGAAGUACUUGACUGAUUCUCCCCAUGUAAGAUUUUUGGUUUACUUGUCUCAGCAUACAUGUAAAUGAACGGUUAGAUAUAGAGGAGCAGAUUAACAGGCGCUAUCACAUCACAUGCUCACUGAGGAACUUCUCUUGUUAUAAUCUGAUGACGUGUGAAGGUGUUAGGAGAAACAGCAGGGGUGUGUCGCUUGGUACUCACCCCCAGAAUCGUAAAAAACAAAGUGGUUGCCCGGAUCUAGAUGGUCUGAGGAGGGAAAAGUAGUACAAUGUUCCACCAGUAUUCAGCUGAAAUGGAGAUGCAAGGUGUUUUUAGACAUCACUUUUGCACCACAUGCAUCUCCUCACCUGCCACGUGAAGUUUGUUUUUUAUCAGUGCAUUUUACGAACUCAUCAUGUCUGUUUCAUACUUGAAAGCAGUAUAUUCUAUAUUUAAUCGAAGCAUUCUGUUUUAAAGAUUGCAACACGUCUUUUUGAUAAUGAGCUUUCCGCGAGUUUUCUAUAAGGGAAUCUACUAGUGCUUCUCUUGGUUUAUGGUGUGACCUGAUGGGGUUUGGUUUCAAUGCCUUUUGCCUGCGCUCCAAAGGGCUGCAUUCAGUCAAGUCCUUGGCGAUUAGGUUGUGAAAUUUUUCACAGCGUGAUCGGAAAUAGGUUUUUUUUUUCUUACUUUUUGGGUGAUUGCACAUGAUCUGACUUUGAGAGUACAUCUUUCUGCUUCAGGAGUCAGGUGAAUGAUUGUAAACUUGACUUUAUAUCGUCAGGGUUAAUAAAUAAGAAAUUCCCUCCUCAGAGCUUCUCAUCUGGCCACACAAAAGGCCUCCCCAUUGGGAUUAUCUUGUCAUUUGUUCUCCUAACUUCUAUGAAGUUGCCUUCCCUUGUGUCUUUUUUUUUUUUGUUGAAUUUUGUUUUAUUUUUUUCAUGCUUUACGUUGUUACGAUUUUGGAGGGGAGGGUGACACUUACCUAGCAAAGGCACCUGGAACUUAACUGGCUGCACGUCCUUCUCUCUGUCAUGAAAUGGUUGAAUUUGGAGCAAAACCCAGACUUAUCAUUUGUACUCUUAGAAAAGUAACUGUUGUAGUGUUUUUAUCUACACAGCACAUUUGAAAUCAUGUUUACAGCUGAGGAUAAUUGUGUUGGUUACUUGGGGGGUAAACAAAAUAAACUUCAGAUUUGAUCCUUUAUAUUGUAUUGAGUAUAUUUAAGCAUCUUUAUUGUUGAGCAGUGCAACAUUCUUUUCACUUUAUCACACCUUUUUCUUCAUAACUUGCUGCCAUCAUCACCACUACUGCCACUGUUAUUGCUCUUUCUCCAUCAUGUAAAUUGUUUACUGCUGAUGCUCGGGAUGGAGCUCUUUGCCUUUUGUAAACAAUUAGCGUGAUUGACAACAGUUUUACACCUCUGUUGAGAGCGAGUGAGCCCUUGUGCUUGAACGGUUGAAGGAUAGAGGAGACGCUCUGGGUCAAGUUGUUCUAGUUAAACGUUGAGUCUCUGUUGUGGUCAGACGAGGGGUACUGAGAAACUGACAGAGUUUGACAAAUCCUGAUAACUGAUGAGUUAAUUAAAUAAAGACACAGGGUUUUUGUGUCAUCCUCAUCUGUGUUGCUUGAUGGGCAUCUCUUCCAAUUUGUCAGCGCCUUGAUAGCAGAUGUUUAGGGUUUUCUGUUUUUCUUCUUCUUUUUUUUUUUUUUAGUUUUUCCAACUACACUUCAAGCCUCUGGUUUUUCUUGCUACAUUUAUUGUUUAGGGUACACAGCUCACUUAUACAUAUGAGUAUGUAUACAUACAUUAAUAUACUAAAGCACUAUUAACGUGCCACCUCUUAUUCUACUCGCUCAGCAUUUAUAUUAAAUGAUCUCUACUUAGAAUCAGCAAAAUGUUUUGUUUUUUUUUUGUUUUUUUGGAUUUGUUUUCUGUCCACUGGUUGCCAACACAGACUUUAUCCUUUCCCAGACGAAGGACUUCUGUGCGCAUUGAUGUGUUCACUUAAUCGUUUGUGUUCAAACAAAGAUGUUCUUUAUAGACUAUGCUUCCAAAGAAGACAAAAUUCUGUAACUUUGGAAAAUUUAUGGAGAAAUUUUGUGUGUGCUAGAUUGUAUUGUAGAAAAUGUACCCUGACUAAGUUUUUUUCCUCCCCUCAAAGUGUGCUGUACCGGGUGAUAGCGUUGAGGUAUUAGAAAAGUGUUGGGGGGGUUUUUUCCCCACCCUCCCCACCCCCAAGGAUAUUCAGGAAGUCUCUAAUGAAAGGUUGGCCUUAAGUCCUCUUGCAAUGCUCCUUUACCUUGUUUGCUUUAGGAGCAUGAGAACACAGAAUUGGCAUCAUUUAGAGUCACAGAUGGACUCUAGCAGACCCUCUCCCCCUUUUUGAAAAUUUCAUACAAAACAGAAAUGAGGCAAUAGUGGAAAUCUCUCAAGGUUUGAAGCAAAAUGUGUAAUUUUACUGUUUUUUUUUUUCUUCUAUUUUGUGAAAAUGUUUUCCACCUAGCUGGGACUGUAGUUUUAGUCAUUUUUGUUCAUUUCUGCAGUAGUUAAGAGAAUUUACUGACCUGCAAGUCUUACAGUCUUGAACGCACCAUCUGACCUAAUGUGUAGUCAGCAGCGAAUGAAAUACAAAAGCAUCCGAUUGACUGUCACGCAAUAGUUUUGUUCCACUUUGACAACUAUUGACUAGCUUAACUCUGCUUUCAUAAACUCAGUCUAAUGACUUAGAAAAAGAGGAAAGGGGUUUGGCCAUGAAUUGGCAACGUUCAGUGAUGUUCAUUCAAUAUGUUGUUUCUCAGUCUCUCUUUUAAGUGCAAGUCAACCAAAACUAUCACAAAGCUGAUUCUGCCUGUUAGGUUAAUGCAGGUCUGAAUGAGCCUAAAACGCCUUUAGCUUAGCAGAACUGACGUACAACGACUUAAGAGGUGGUUUAUUAUAUAUUAAGUAGCAGAAAUGUUCAUUUCAGUCUCCUGUGUGUUUUUGUUUCUGAGUGGAACUGCUGCCUCUAGCCCUCGUUUACAGAACCAGUUAACCCCUCCACUCCCGCCCCUGACCACUGAACUCUGUUACUGCUGUUUGAGGCUCACAUUUUAUUCCCUGACUUUCUGGGGAAAUUCGCAAAAGGCUUUUUUAUAUGAUUACUCCCUUGUAAAAUAUCUCUUAAAUUAAGGUACAGGUUUGAUUUCAGCAAGAAAAAAGAAGUUUUUAUAUGUAUAUUAUACUCCAUUAAGGAAUGUCUAGAAUUAUCUUCCUCCAAUGUGGAUGUAGCCAUUAUUACGCCAUUUUAUGACUUUGUAAGAGAAUUCACUGUGUGAAAAUUGGUUUGCAUUUUUGUAUAAUACAAUCUGCUUUUUUUUUGUUUGAUACGAGAGGGAGGUCAAACUGGAAGUUUGAAGAGGAAAAAAAAUGAACCUGUGAAAUUGAGAAAACAAAAUGUAACUUAUGUACAACAGUGAUUCUAAGCUGAGGGGGAAAGAUUAAAUGAUAUUGCUAACUCUGA